AAGUUGAAGACUAAUAACAGACUCUCCUUUUUUAAGAGCUCAGCACAAAAAGCGAAGCUUCUCUUUAUACCAUUAUUUAUUAUUCCUCUUCUUUUUUUUUCUUCACUCUCUACUUUUCUUUACUACAUAAUCUUACACAUCAAGAACCAAAAAACCAAGAAAAAAAAUGGAUUUUGAUCUUGAAAAUCCAUUGACAAUCUUCAAUGAACAUCAAUCCGAGUCCAUCCCGAAUCUUUUUGCCUCCGAAUCUGAUCAUAUGCCGUCAAAAAAAUUCUUAAAAUCCUUAAAAACUUCUGAUAGCUAUUUUUCCUUCCGACAAGAAGCCGUAUCUCUCAUUUUACGGGCACAAUAUUCUUGCAAGUUCGAGCCAUUUUUUGCUUAUCUUGCGAUUAAUUACAUGGAUAGAUUCAUCUCGAGUCAAGAAAUUCCGUUUUUGCAGCAAGGAAAGCCCUGGAUUAUGCGACUUCUUGUAGUUUCGUGUCUUUCUUUAGCCGCGAAAAUGAAGGACACACAUUUUCCGGUGACUAAUUUACAGAGAGAAGAAAAUUCCAUUUUCGACAUGCAAACGAUUAAUCGAAUGGAGCUACUCAUUCUUGAUGCUUUAAAUUGGCGAAUGAGAUCCAUUACACCAUUUUCCUUCUUGCAUUUCUUCAUUUCUUCAUUUGAGCUUCAAGAUCCUCCGUUGACACAAGCUUUAAAAGAUCGCGCUACAGAGGUUAUAUUUCGUGCUCAUAAUGAAAUCAAGUUUCUUGAAUUCAAGCCGUCUAUAAUUGCAGCAUCGGCUCUUCUUCUAGCGUCACACGAAUUAUUUCCUAUGCAAUUUCAUUCUUUCCAAUGUUCAAUUUUGUCUUGCGAAAGUGUAAAUAAAGAGAAUCUGCUAAAAUGCUUAAAUGCAGUUCAAGAAAUGGAGUGGUGUGAAUCAAUGUUGGAUACAGAUUCAAGCACAAGAACACCAUUGAGUGUAUUGGACAGGCAUUGCAGCAACUCGGAAAGUGAGACGACUACCGCGACGGAAUUAUUGAUCGAAAAGAAAGAGAUUAAACGACACAAAACAAUUGGUCGUUAUAGCAGCAGCAGUAGCAAGUGAGGAGUAAUAUUUAUAUUGAAAAAAGGCCAUUAUGCCCCUAACGAUUGAUUCCAGGAUUAAGUAAAAUUUUAAUGUCCGGAUAGAUUCAAAUAUGCUCUCAACUUCUUAAAAAAUUAUUAAUCAAAUUUGCAGUUUUGACGAUCAGGCCCCUAACGUUUCAUUUAUGCAUCAAAAUUGGGCGCAUGUUUGUUCAUUUUUAAGACUUUGGGAGCGUAUUUGAAUCUUUCUUGACGUUGAUAUAUUUGGUCUUAGAGUCAAAUUUUAAGGGUAUAAAUAACGUUUUUUCCAUUUAUAUUUAAUGAAAUGAAAGCGGUCCACCUUAAUUUUAGAGAUGAAAACAGAGAAGAUAAUUACUCUAUGGAGGACUCUGCAAUUGGUCCAUUUCUCAAGCUCCAGAGCAGAACUCACACAUGGUUAGCUUGAAAUGAGUUAAAAAAAAUGAAAUAAUUAUUUUUGGUUUUAAGUUUAUGGAAUUAUGGACCGAGAAGGACAAAACAAAGCUUUGAAUGCUAAAUGUCACUUUGUUUGUGUUUAGGUUUUUGGGUAAGAAAAUUUGGUUGUGUCUUUUGUCUGGUGACAGAAACAGAAUUACAAGAAAUUUAUUUCUUUGUA